AUGGCCACACACCACGUACCCACAGUGGCUUUUGCUUUCGGCCUUCUGGGCACCGUCGUUUCCUUCAUGACCUUUCUUGCUCCUCUGCCCACUGUCUAUGGAAUUUACAAGACAAAAAAGACGCAAGGGUUUCAGUCAAUCCCAUACGUGGUAUCGCUCUUGAGUGCAAUGCUUCUGUUGUACUACGGAUUAGUUAAGAAGGAUACUCUCCUCAUCACCAUCAAUGGAAUUGGCUGUGUUAUCGAGACUGCUUAUGUGGCUGCUUACCUCAUCUAUGCCUCGAAGAAUGAUAGGGUGUUGACCUUGAAGCUUUUCCUGAGCAUGAACGUAUUGGGGUAUGGUGCGGUACUCUCCACCACUUUCUUCCUAUCAAAAGGAGCAAAGCGCGCAUGGAUUAUUGGAUGGAUUUGCAUGACACUCUCUCUAGGCAUAUUUGUUGCUCCACUUUGCAUCUUGAAAAAAGUCAUAAAAACCGGGAGUGUGGAGUUCAUGCCGAUAACUCUAUCAAUCUUCCUCACAUUGGGUGCAAUCGUGUGGUUCUUCUAUGGCUUUCUCCUUAAAGACUUCUUCAUUGCUGUGCCAAACGUGUUGGGAUUUGUACUGGGAGUGGUUCAGAUGGUGCUUUACGCAAUAUACAAGAAGAAUGCAAACACAAUGGAAGUGGAGCGUAAUUCGCAGCAGCAGGAACCAAGGGAAGAGAUCAUUGACGUCGUGAAGCCGAGCGCAGCCGCGUGUCCAAAAAUUAAACCAGCGUUACCUACACAGUUGAAGGACAUCCUCAAAGAUGGUGUCGGCGAAGAUGAACAAAUCGUUGAGAUGCCUUCCGAGACAAUCAAGGCAUGA